GCCGCCGCCGCCGCCGUCCGCCGCUCGCCCGCUCGCUCGCUCCCUCCGCGCCGCCGCCCCGCGCCCGCCCGGCGCGCCCCCAACCGCCGCUCCCGUCCCCGGCCGGCCGGUCAGCGAGCCGGCGAGCGGCCUCCGCGCCCGGCCUCCGUGAGGGGGGCGCCCGGCCGGACCCUGAGCCUCGCUCUCUCGCGCUGCGGCCGUCCGCGCCUCCUCGGCCGCCUGCCCGGCAUGAAGACCAAGUUCUGCAACGGGGGCGAGGCGGAGCCCUCGCCGCUCGGGCUGCUCCUGAGCUGCGGCGGCGGCGGCGGCGGCAGCGCGGCCCCGGCGCCCGGCGUGGGGCAGCAGCGCGACGCCGCCAGCGACCUCGAGCCCAGGCAGCUGGGCGGCCCGCAGCCGCCGCUCGCGCUGCCGCCGCCGCCGCCGCCGCCGCUGCCGCUGCCUCCGCCGCCGCCGCCGCCGGCCGACGAGCAGCCCGAGCCUCGGACGCGGCGCAGGGCCUAUCUGUGGUGCAAGGAGUUCCUGCCCGGCGCCUGGCGGGGCCUUCGCGAGGACCAGUUCCACAUCAGUGUCAUCAGAGGUGGCCUCAGUAACAUGCUGUUCCAGUGCUCCUUACCUGACACCGUGGCCACCAUUGGUGACGAGCCUCGGAAAGUGCUCCUGCGGCUGUACGGGGCGAUUUUAAAGAUGAGGUCCUGUAAUAAAGAGGGAUCCGAACAAGCUCAGAAAGAAAAUGAAUUUCAAGGGGCCGAGGCCAUGGUUCUGGAGAGCGUUAUGUUUGCCAUUCUCGCAGAGAGGUCGCUGGGACCCAAGCUCUACGGCAUCUUCCCCCAAGGCCGCCUGGAACAGUUUAUCCCGAGCCGGCGAUUAGACACUGAAGAAUUAAGUUUGCCAGAUAUUUCUGCAGAAAUAGCUGAGAAAAUGGCCACGUUUCAUGGUAUGAAAAUGCCAUUCAAUAAGGAACCAAAAUGGCUUUUUGGAACAAUGGAAAAGUAUCUGAAUCAAGUCCUGAGGGUCAAGUUUGCCGGGGAGCCCAGAGUGAAGCAGCUCCACAGACUCCUCCGCCACAACCUGCCUUUGGAACUGGAGAACCUGAGGUCGCUGCUGGAAUCCACCCCUUCUCCAGUUGUGUUUUGUCAUAACGACUGUCAGGAAGGUAACAUCUUAAUGCUGGAAGGCAGAGAGAAUUCUGAAAAGCAGAAACUGAUGCUCAUCGACUUCGAAUACAGCAGUUAUAAUUACAGGGGAUUUGACAUUGGGAAUCAUUUCUGCGAGUGGAUGUAUGACUAUAACUAUGAAAAGUACCCUUUCUUCAGAGCCAACAUCCUGAAGUACCCCACCAAGAAACAGCAGCUCCACUUUAUUUCCAAUUACUUGGCCGCAUUCCAAAAUGAAUUUGAAAACCUCAGUAAUGAAGAAAAGUGCAUUAUAGAAGAAGAGAUGUUGCUUGAAGUCAAUAGGACUAUGCCCAGGCAAGGUUCGAUGCCUAUUUCGACCAGAAGAGGAAGCUUGGGGUGUGAGUGUGGGAGGCGCCAGCGGCUUCAUCCCUGGACCGUGCAGGGGCGGCCAAGCCAGAGGGGCCCUCGGUGCUCUGACUGCCGUACCUGCGGCACGAAGGCUCGGAUGUCUCGCUGCCCAACACAGAUGUGUAUGAUACGAAAGACUGUAUUAAAACUGAGUAACAUUUAUUUCAUAUCUUGUUUACGAUUUCACUAGGACUCUGCGAUGAGAUCGGGAAGCAGAAAUAUAGUACAAUAGUGCAAUAUCUCAGAAUCCUUCUAAUCUAGGCAAGGCAUCUUGUGUCCGGGGCCUGAAGUUUUCAGUCAGAUAUGGCAGACAGCAAGAGUGAACCGUGUUCCUGCGGGUACUUUUUUUGGUUAACGUUGGUUUUUUCAAGGAUGUGAAUGAACGGCUGUGAGCACGGCAGCCAGGCUCUCUGGGGUGGCGAACGAUGUGUGUAGACGCCGCUCGCUCCCGAGGGUGGCCCGUCAGCCGGGCCAGACUGUGACGUCGCUCUGCGGCCCGGCCGCGAGUCUCCGAAGCUGCUGCUCCACCUUCUGGUCCAUGUAGCGGAUGCACGAGACCGCAGACGGCUCGGGAGGGGGGUGAGCCGUUGUCUGCGUCCCGUGACCGUAGCCCCCGGGGACCUGUCAGGCCGGCGCGUCGCCCCCUAACCGGGCGCUUCCCCCGCCCUGCUCUCCUCCGUAACUGAAUGUGCUUCUCUAACCCCGGCUUCGGGGCGGGCAGGCAGCUGUGGCCCACACAGAGCCCACGGCCGGCCGAGGAGCAGUGUGGGGUCCUGGGGACACACACGCCUCCCGGCUGCCUUCCCCGUGGAAAGCGGGGUUGGCCCGAACGUCUGCAGCUUUUCUCUUCCUCCUCUGCCUCUGCUCGGGGAUCCUGUGCCCGGGCUGGCUGCCCUGGCAUCGUCCUGCCCGGGGGCUCCCUCUGCUGGGGGCCGUGGGGCGCCGGAGGCCCGGCUUUGGCCCUCGUCCAGGUGCCCCUGCCCUCGCUGU